CGACAAAAGCAAGCAGUUGGAAACGCAGCUCUUCAUUGCCGAUUUGACAAGGAUCGCUUCACCCUCAACAGUCCAGGUGAAACCGGGACCAUACAUUACGGUUAUCGUACGGAACCAUCGCAUUUUGUCGGCGCCUUGGAAGAAGAAGAUAAUAAAGCCAUGCCUCAGCUCCGGUAGCGACUUGAAAAAACAUUCAAGCCGCCGCCAUGUUCACUUUCACCCCGCUGCAAGGCGCUCUCGCCGAGUCUACGGCAUCGCAGUCGCUUUUGGAACUGGAUGGAGGUGUCAAGGUUCUGAUAGACGUUGGCUGGGAUGAGACUUUCGAUGUUGAGAAGCUCAGGGAAUUGGAAAAGCAAAUACCGACAUUGUCGUUGAUUCUGUUGACACAUGCGACGGUGGACCAUCUCGGCGCAUAUGCGCACUGCUGCAAACACUUCCCCCUCUUCACCCGCAUCCCGGUCUAUGCGACCCGACCAGUUAUCGACCUCGGCCGAACACUAACCCAGGAUCUUUACGCCUCGACCCCCGUAGCUGCCACGACAAUAUCCCCGACUUCGCUUGCAGAGGUUGCAUACUCAUAUGCGCAGACAUCUUCUGCAGACCACAACCUGCUGCUACAGCCUCCGACACCCGAAGAGAUUGCGCGCUACUUCUCCUUGAUUCAACCGCUCAAGUACUCACAGCCUCACCAGCCGCUUCCAUCGCCCUUCUCUCCGCCUCUCAAUGGCCUCACAAUCACCGCUUACAACUCCGGUCACACGCUCGGAGGAACAAUCUGGCAUAUCCAACAUGGGCUCGAGUCGAUUGUCUACGCCGUUGAUUGGAACCAGGCCCGCGAGAAUGUCUUCUCCGGUGCCGCGUGGCUGGGAGGAGGGCACGGGAGCGCAGGCGGUGCCGAAGUCAUUGAGCAGUUACGCAAGCCGACUGCUUUGGUAUGCAGCAGCCGCACGCCUGAAACUGCACUUGCCCGUGCCCGGCGGGAUGAGCAGCUCCUAGAGUCAAUCAAACUAUGCAUCGCCAGGGGCGGGACGGUUUUGGUCCCUGUGGAUUCGAGCGCGAGAGUGCUCGAGCUCUCUUAUCUCCUGGAGCACGCAUGGAGGGCCGAGAUCGCCAACAACAAUGAUGUGUUCAAGUCGACGAAGCUCUAUCUAGCUGGCCGCAGCAUCGGGAGCACUAUGCGGAACGCAAGGAGCAUGUUGGAGUGGAUGGACGACAGCAUUGUGAGAGAGUUUGAGGCAGUGGCCGGCGGCGCUCGGGCGGGGAAUAGCGGCGGUGGCGGUCGUAAGGGCAAGGAUGCCGGCCCUUUCGAUUUUAAACACAUACGAUUGCUUGAGAGGAAAGCGCAGGUUGAACGGAUACUGCAGCAAGCGGCAGAUGAUUCUGAACCGAAAGGCAAAGUUAUCCUGGCAACCGACACGAGCCUGGAGUGGGGUUUCUCCAAGGAUGUUCUGAAAGCAAUCGCGGGAGACGCAAGAAACCUGGUGGUUCUCACAGAGAAACCCAGCCUUAAUCGAGGCAAGCCGUCCAUCGCGCGGACCUUGUGGGAAUGGUGGAAGGAGAGAAAGGAUGGCGUGGCUGUCGAGCAAACGAGCAGCGGUGACACGUUCGAGCAGGUAUACGUGGGUAACCGCGAGUUGGAGGUGGCUGACGCUUCACGGCAAGCGUUGGAAGGAAACGAACUAGGUGUCUACCAACAGUGGCUCGCUACACAGCGGCAACUCCAAGCUACUUUACAGAGCGGCGGUGCCGUCGCGUCGGAUCCUUCUGCCGAUGUAGUGGACGAUGCGUCGGAAACUACAACGGAAACCGAAGAAUCGGAAACGGAACAACAAGGAAAGGCCCUGAAUGUAUCGACGACAAUUGGGCAAGCAAGCCGAAAGAAGGUGGUCCUGAAAGACGAAGACCUAGGUAUUACCAUCUUAUUCAAGAAGAAGGGCGUCUACGACUUUGACGUCAGGGGCAAGAAGGGCAGGGAACGGAUGUUCCCCAUCGUCUUAAGACGGAAACGGAACGACGAAUUCGGCGAGCUCGUCCGACCCGAGGAAUACCUCCGUGCCGAAGAGCGUGAAGACACGGAUGGACAGGAGGAAAGGCAGGAUGGGGGCAGGCAAGAACAGGGCCUUGGCAAGAAGCGCAAGUUCGACGACGUGGGCGCCGCGGGCAAAGGAGGCUCGGGCCCCAACAAACGCCCUCAAGCCAAGCGUGCCCUCUCGGACGAGCCGGAGGCUACCGCGCUCUCCGAUGGCUCUGGCGGAGAUGAACUAGACGAGCUCGAAGACGAGGAGGAAGCCGUAGUAGGGCCGGCCAAGCUCGUCGUCACUACUCACACCGUCUCAGUCAGGCUCCGCAUCGCCUUUGUCGACUUCAGCGGCCUUCACGACAAACGCAGCCUGAACAUGCUGAUCCCAUUGAUCCAGCCACGCAAGCUGAUCCUCGUCGCGGGAGCGGAAGAAGAUACCCACGCCCUCGCUGCAGACUGCAAGAAGCUGUUGGGCGCACAGCUCACGUCGGAGUCGUCUCAGAACAGCGUCGACGUGUUCACUCCCGCCGUCAACACCACGGUCAACGCCUCGGUCGAUACCAACGCCUGGGUGGUCAAGCUGGCCGAUCCCUUCGUCAAGCGCCUGAAGUGGCAAAACGUGCGCGGGUUGGGCAUCGUCACCGUGACGGGUUUACUCCUCCCCGGGGGCGAAAUCGCCAUCCAACAACAACAGCAAGACUCGGAACGCCUCGAAGACGGAGACACGGCGAACAAGCGCCAGAAACUCGAGGACACACCCUCCGCCGCCGCCACUCCAGAACCAAACGGGGCUCUCGUCGCAACAACAACGGCGGCGAAGAACAAACCCGCACUCCCAACACUGGACGUUCUCCCGCCCACCCUCGCGUCAGCCGUCCGUUCGGCCGCGCAGCCCCUGCACGUCGGCGACCUGCGACUGGCAGACCUCCGCCGGGCGAUGCUCAGCGCGGGCCACAGGGCCGAGUUCCGCGGCGAAGGCACGUUGCUCAUCGAUGGGACAGUGGCGGUGCGUAAGACGACAACCGGCAGGGUUGAGAUUGAGAGCGUUGAUUUCCCGCUCUCCGUGAGGGACGGCGGGGCCCGCGGUGGCGGCGGCGGGACGUUCUACGAGGUGAGAAGGAAGAUUUACGAGGGUCUGGCUGUUGUUGCGGGGGCGUGAGCUGUGUCAUUGUGUGGUUUGUUAGGAUUAUAGUCAGGAAGGAAAGCGCAAUGCCGGUCGGCGGUGGGAAGAUAGACUUGGAGCUAAGGUAGCUGGCUCCAAUUCAAAUGGCAUUAGUGGAAGCGUGCUUCCGGAGGCUUGUACAGGUUAUCCACGCGUUUGUAAAGCUCCAGAGAAUAUCGGUAGCUUAAUAGCAUCUUGAACCCAGAGAAUGGGCAAACUUUCAGGCC